AUGCCGUCAACUCCGGAACUCUUCAACGUCUUCGAAGCCGACGCUGAUUUCGAUGCUGAAGCGUUAUAUCAUCAACGCAGGGAAGAAGAGAUGACAUCAGAUGGAGCAGAAGCAUCUCCGCUGUAUGUCCAGGGGUUUUACUACCCUACCUCUUCAAACCGUGAUGACCGCACGCCUGCAGUGUUUGCGGCAUUCCGGGAUGUGGAGAGGUUCCCCUUGGUGAAGGUCGAAUAUGAAGAGCGGACUCCGGAGGAACGUGAGUCGUCAAGACGAGACUUCGUGCAGUACAUGCACGAUGGGGAUAGAGGCAUUGAGCGCGGGGACAGCAUCAUCGACGGUGAGGAGGACGAGGACUAUCCGAAAAUGAUCAGAGAUCCUCAGUCCGACUACCAGUGGUUUGAGCUCGAGGAAUUGCAGAGCUUGAAGUGUAUUCACCACUUUAACGUCUUUGGUCGACCCGUUCUCACGAAGUCGGGCACAGCUCCGGCGACUACGAUCGCCAUUCUCAAGUCAACACCAAAGCACCUCAACGUCACCACCCCCAAUGGGCUUUGGAAGAGCACUAUCAUGGGAUGUGCUCAGCAGCUGUUGGAUCCUGUCUGCUACUAUGGCAACAAGGAGGCCUUGGAAACCCUUCGUGGAUCUCGUCUCGAGAAUGCCUGUAUUGGCCAGAGCGAGAAGAUUUACAGCCAACAUGGCUGGUGGGUCCAUGACCACUAUGGACCCGAGGAGUACAAGGUCAUGGCCGAUCCUCUCGACCCAUGUUUUUAUCCUGACCCUAGGGAGUCCGUUGUGAUCAAUGGGAUCACGAAGGGCUUUGCACACCGGGUCGACAUGAUCACUGCUGCCACGCAGGAAAAGGAGAAAGAGGAUGCAGCUCGUAAGGCUGCAUUCAGUGCCAGGCUCGCCCAAGGGCGCCAGCCUUCAAGGCUUGGUCGCUCUUGUUUCACACAUGAGGACGUCGAGCAAGCACCAGUCUUCAGCCCUAAUCGACAGGGUGCUUCGUCACCUCUACGCCACUCAGUACACCGCCCAGUCAGUCAACCAGCCACGACCGCUACGCCAGUCCCCGCAAACCCUGGGGCCUCAAACGAUACCUUCAACCCUGAGCGAUAUUCAAAUAGUCGCUCGCUUUCACGUGCGGAGUGGAAGGAACUCCUCACCGCCACAAAAGACAGACCUGUUGCGGCUCGUUGGGCGGAUGACGAGGAAGAGGACGAAGAAGAGGAGCAAGAGCCCGUCGAUACUCUGGCUCUUCCAUUGCCAGUGGCGGGAUCUGGAGCCUCUUCUGCCGAACUGGUAACAGAGGGUGGAAAGCCGCAGAGUGGCAACAACAAGCCAUCUGCAGAUCACAGCGUUGAAGACGCGGAGAGCCUUCGUGGCAAUGAUGAUCGUCGCGUGUGCUCCGCGUCGACAUCUACCACUGUCGAGCAAUCGCGCGGUUCGAGCGCCAGCCCCGGAGGAACACCCGACACAUCUCUCCAUAUGUCUGACAACGAAGACGCCGAGUCAAAGGCCGUCACUGACGACGAGUGUGAAAGCGGCAAUGAUGGCUCUGAAAGUGCCGUCGGCGAUCAACUACAAUCCGAGAUCGAUGGAUUUGAUGACAUGCCUCAAGGACAAGACUACGAGGCGAUAUAUGCUCGUCAACAGGGUGCCGAACUGGACACAGACGACGAGUCCGAAGAAGAGCUUCUUGCGUUUGCCAUACGCACGCAGGCCAGCAGCUUACACGCUCGUCUUGACGCUCUCGAAGAAGCGAUGCAAACAGCCGCCACAUCCUCCAUGUCACAAGAACCUCUAAGCCCUGUAACUCCUCGGGCUGCUGGACACAUCCUUGGUCAUGCCGAUUCGAUUGCUCUAUCACCUACUUCGACGUUGGUCGGAACUCCAGAGUCUUUGGCACCAACAUUCGUCGACUCGCCCAGCAUCCCUACGCCAACUCCUCGUUAUCACGGCCUCAGCACCAGGUCCAAUCCUCCAGUUGUCGUGCUCACACCAACAGGUCCCUUACCGAGUGGACCUCAACCAGUUGUCCAUCAAUUUCCGAACGGCACUAUCACCAUGACGCUCCCUGGCCAGCAACUUGGUCUUGUUCGAAGUCACGCCAUGCGCUUCGAUCAGUUGUCUGCAAAUUUUGGCUCCGCUGAAGUGCAACGCGCUUCGGUGCCUUCGACGAGAAUCCUGUCGGGAGUUGACCGAUCGGCUAUUAGGACAAGUAAUGUCUCCAGAAGUGAUAGAGAGGCUGGGAAUCAUGCCACAGAAGCCGCCCCUCAAGUUACCGUCACCUUGCCACAGGAUCAGGCGUCGCCCUCAACAGCACUCGUUCUGCAUCGGAGACCCGUGACACUCAACGUCCCAAGGAUUUCAUACCUCCAAGCUUGGAGCCGCCUCACCACAACCACCAAAUCAAAUGGCGAACACUUCUGGCAAGGUGUUAUCCGAGGCUUUUGCAUACAAAACUACCGCCGGACACUUGCGUUACAAAGAGCGGCUUCCGCCUACGAGGUUGAAGACGACGAUACCACCUCGGCAAGUGCCAUACCUACUGGACUCAACUAUGGAGAUGGUGCGGAAGAGGACAUCGCGGGCAACAUAGUUCAACCCAACCUGGGAUCAACUCUGGUCACCAUUUCCAGCGCCGGAGUGCUCAAUUCUAUCUCGCCAGAAGCCGCUGGGGAGGAGCAAGAUCCAAGCUCGGCACAAGCACCCCCUCUACAGUUGUUGCGGGCCUCUAUCAGGUCAUCAACAGCUCCGUGCCAGCGACACGAAGGUCGCCAUGUCCGAUUCAGUCUUCCACCGGGCCGUCCAUCAUCGAUAGCCACGGCCAACUCCAAUUCCUCACCGCUAGAAGGGACCAUUCGCAGAUUCCCAGACGACACCGAGACGAUCACGCUUCCCUCUACACACGACCAUAGCCCCACCUUCAACGGUGUCCAUUGUGUCCGAUCUCCGCCACCUGUAUCGCCCUCAUCAAUCACAUGGGCUGCUCCACACGAAGUGUCGUACUUUUCAUCGACGUCAUCCGAUGAGUCGUCGGGGGUUGAGGGCCGCGAACCGCACAACGAGGAAGAAGGAGACAGUGAUGGAGAAGAAGAACAAGACGGAGAGGAAGAGGGAAUACUCCGCCCUGUUCCACCUUUACCGGUUUUCCAGCGCACCCGCAAGGAUUGGCGACACGCCAGCUGGACCUCGACGCAGCGGAGACGAUUGACCAAGCCCCGACCACCCAGUCGGGCGGCGCGGGCGACGUCCUCUGUUGGUGUCAACGUGGGCACGAACUCGACGGCCACGAUGAGCGCCGGUUUGAGGAGCGCAAAGGCCAAGACCAAGGACAUUGUGAAGAAGAGCUGGAAGAAGCUCAAGGCCAUGUGCACAAAGAGGGACUGA